UGUUAUCGGGCUCGUGCAGAAGAAGUCCAUCGAGUUCGUGUAUGCAUCGCAGUGACCGGUGAGAUCUGUCUUCUACUCAUCUCCUGAAAUCUUCACUACCGGAGAGAGAGUUGUGAUUCGUUUUGAGACAGAGUCUACACAAGUGGAAAAAAUGUGCAACAGGACUAACAUUACUGGAACGUGUGGAUGUAUUGUGCAAACAAGUGACAAAUAAAUGGAGGUUAAUCGUCCUCCAGGAGGUCAUGCGGGAGUUGUUUAGGCGGUAUUUCUUUACCGCCUGCCUUCUAAUUGGAUCACUCGCCAAUUAUCAGUUAAAUCCAGCCCAAUUGAAGGAACUUCUAACGCCGGCAGAAUGGAUAUCUAUGUUAGGAAAUUUAAAUUCAGUGGGAAACUAUACUAUUACUUAUCCAAAAUACACCCCAGCAGCCACCGUAGAGCGGGUUGGAGAAAAUUCGACGAAAAGCCCCCUGGGACAUCAGCUGCAUAUCAAGGCACCGGAGCUAGGCCGAAACUUUAGUUUAGAGUUAGUGUCAACCCCGAAUCUCUUAUCCAAUAAUUUUGUGUUCCUGGAAACCUUUGCCAAUGGAUCAAACCCUCUGGUCUUCCACGAUGAAGACAGAGAUUGCUACUUUAGGAGCCGUCAAGCUGCUGUCAGUCUCUGCCAUGGUGUAAGGGGAAUCGUACAUUCCGACGAUGAAAACUAUUUCGUAAUCCACCCACUGCCGAAGAGGUUCCACAACGAAACCUCCAAUCCGCAUCUUCUAAUUCGUAAAAGUCACACAGUAGCUUCACCAAGUUCAUGUCCACAUUCACACUUGAAGAAGUCAAAUCUUAACGAGGCAUUACUUAAAAAUUUAGAAUAUAACGUCACUUCGCAACAAACCAAAGAUUUUAGAGAAGCCAAAGACAGCUCGGGAAAAUCGAGCAUUUUGAGAAGGCGGAAGCGUGAAACCUUCCCGGAGGGAGCGCCCGCAUUCGUGGAAACUGCCGUUUUCGUGGACAGGGAUCUUUUCGAUCAUAUGAAGAGCAACUUUCCUGUGGACACCGAAAGGGAGUUGAUAAGAUUUGUUCUAGCUAUGAUUAAUGCGGUCCAACUGCUGUACCAUGAUCCAAGCCUAGGCAGACCAGUAAAUUUCGUCUUGAAACGACUCGAAAUUCUUAAAGAAGAGGCCGCGGGCCUACUGAGGCCUCCUGACAUAGACCGAUUUCUUUCCAAUUUCUGUAACUGGCAGAGGACUAAGAAUCCCGUGGGAGACAGGGAACCCUUGCACUGGGACCAUGCUCUUAUCUUGACCGGCUUGGACUUAUAUGUACGCGGCAAGCAUGGAAAGAUUUCUAGUCAAGUAGUUGGACUUGCACCUGUAUCGGGCAUGUGUACUGCCUCAAGCAGUUGCACUGUCAACGAAGGCCGGCAUUUUGAGAGUGUCUAUGUGGUCGCACAUGAAAUUGGUCACAAUUUGGGAAUGCGCCACGAUGGGCCUUCGGCAGAAAACGAGUGCGAUCCAAGCAGCUACAUCAUGUCUCCGACACUGGGCAGCGGCAAAAUCACGUGGUCUGUCUGCAGUAAGAGAUACUUGCAAAAAUUCUUGGACACUCCUCAAUCUAGGUGUUUGUUGGACCACGGUAGUUCCGCUGGUCAGUUGGAUCACAGCGCAGAGGGAGCUUUGCCGGGGGAGAGAUUUGACGCGAGCCAACAAUGUAUGUUAAAGUAUGGAAGAGGGAGCAAACACUCAUCUCAGCAGCCUCUGGACGAUGUCUGUCGAGAUUUACAUUGUGAGAGAGAACGGUACACUUGGACCUCGCAUCCUGCGCUAGAGGGUACUAUGUGCGGGAACGGUAUGUGGUGUAGAGGAGGCAGGUGUGUAACGAGAGGUCUAGUAAUGACCGCAGCAUACACUUCCGCGCAGCAAACGUUAUCGCGUAUCGAAAAGAUAAACGGUGGAUGGAGCAAAUGGAGGUCCUUUAGUGACUGUGCUUCUGGUUGUCUGUUUGGGGAAGAGGGUAGGUUGAGAUCUGGAAGUACCGGAAUAAUGGUGUCAGAAAGGACUUGCAACAACCCUUGUCCUCAAGGUUCUGGUGCAGAAUGCGAAGGACCAUCCACAAAGCACACAACAUGCACCGCUCAACAGUGUUCGAAUGUUCCUCGGUUAACUAUUCGGGAAUUUGCCGAACAAAUUUGUGGCAGGGCCAGGGAUGUCGACAAAGAUUUGACUGGAUCAGGCAUGCAAAAAAUUAGUUCAGAUCCUGAGGAGGCUUGCUUGGUUUGGUGCCAAAAACGGAACGGUGGCACCAAGAGUAGAGGCUGGACCUUCCCCGAUGGCACUGCCUGUCAAACGCGACGAAAUCGAUAUGGUAGGGCCAGCUACUGCAUCAAAGGCAAGUGCGAAGAGUUUACUUGUGAUUCUUUCGACGAAACAGCAUUUUCUCUUUCACCCGAUUUGUGUCCUAUCGAUAAAGAUGACAACGAGAUUACGUGGCGCACUAAUCUCAGGAGGAGGGAGGCCGUUAGAUGGAAGAGCGCCAGUGGGUGUCACUAUAACUGUAUUUCUCCUGGAUCUGGGAUAAGGCUGGUUACGUUGAAAGGAAAGUUCGGCAAAUCAAGUAUUCAGCUAUGUCAGCCCGACAAAUAUGGAUGUGGUAGGGUGAAGUCUCCAUUUCAACAUGCAUCAAUGGUAUGUGCGAAAUACAAGGAAAAAGUAAGAAGGCUUUCUGGAUUAGGAAUGCAAAUUUCACCAGCCGUUGAGGAUCCCGAUAGGCCAUGCCGAGUAGCUUGCCAAGAUGAUUCAAUUUCGCACCGUUUCUACUUAGUUAAUGGUGAAGAAGGUUGGUUUCCCUUCGGAACAGAUUGCUCAAGAGGAAACUCAGACAAAAAAGCAUACUGUGUGAGUGGAAAAUGUUUGGAAUUUGGAUCAGAUGAUACUCCACUGUCAGAAAGUGAGUUUACCUUGCCACUUUUAUCCAGAUCUCGAAGAUCUCUUGAGAACAAUAAUGCCACAAAGAUUACUGCCAAAUUGGAUGAAAAGCAAUUGGAAGAAAUAAUAAGUGAACUAAAUAAAACAUUAUUAGGAAGUUCUAACCAGGCUAGUGGAACACAUCAGUUCAAUAUCGACUUAAGCAACCCCAUCCAUGUUAAUAUGGAUGCUGAUGAGGAACACUAUCCUCAAAAUUAUUUUAGAAAAAAUGAUUAUGACUAUGCAAACUAUGCUUGAACUCUUUUUAUAUGUGAUUUAUAUAGGUUCCAUA